AUCACCUUACCGUCGUCCCUUCCUUCCUUCCUUCCUCCUUUGUCGUUUUCUUCGACGGAUUCCGUUCCAUGCCGCAAGUAAACGACCUCGAAGCCCUCGUCUUCGGUGGCGGCGACACCAAGGUCGCCUGCGAACCCCACAUGGAGUCGGAGUCGGAUGCCGUGCCGCCGCCGGCGCAAGACCCCGACCUGCCGCCUGAGUCCCACCUCGUGCGCAUCGGGAGCGCCCGCGACCCCUUCUGGGCCGACGUGGCCGGAGCCUCCGUCUACGAGCGCGACGACUCCACCAAGGGGAGCACGAACCCUAAGGCCCAGGCCCAAGCGCACGCAAACUCUAACUCCAAGUACCGAUCUAACUCGCAGAGGUUCUCCGCGCCCGCCGGCGGAGGCCUACAGGUAAAGCCCCCCAUCAUGGUGAUCCCCGGUCAGAUUCAGCAUCACUCCGGCUAUCUUGGCCGCAGCGGCCGCCGCCACGCUAGUACCCGGAUCUUCCCCAAAAAGCUUCCUGCCGGGGGUGGCGGCGGGGGGCGCAAGUCCGCAGUGCCCGACGAAGAGCCGGGUUCCCCUAAGGUCUCCUGCAUCGGGAAGGUCCUGUCCCAGAGGGAGCGGAACCGGUGCCGGCGACAGGCUCCCCGAUCGCAGGGGGAAGGGGAGGCGGCCGUGGAGAAGUCCGCCGGGUGCUGGGCGAGCCUAUCGGCGGUGCUCUGCUGUGGGGCCCGGUCGACUGGGAGCACAGAGGCGGAGGCGAGCGUGGCUGCUGCUGCUCAUCCGGCUAAGGCGACAGCGGAUAGGAUGAGAGCCUUGAAUCCAGCGAUGGAGUCGUCAGGGUUGGGGGCGAUGACACGGUUCGCGUCGGGACGGCGAUCGGCAUCCUGGUGCGGGAACGGUGACGACGAAGAGGUGGACUUCGACCUUGGCAUGGUGGAUCAGGGGUCGGCGGCGUGUAGCGGGCGGCGAUCUGUGGGGUCGCUGGAUGAGGCGGAGAGAGAGCGGGAAACCGACGGCUCCGCCUCGGUUUGAUGCGAGAAACAGAAGAUAGCCGGCCACCGCCAGUUUGUCCAUAGUGGUAUUGAAUUAGUGGUAGAGUAUACGGUACAGAUACGUUCGUGUUUUAUAUGUUUCCUUUUGUCGUUUUCAAUUGUAUUGUGUGGUUUUGGCUUGCUUUUAUUUUUAUCAUUAUUAUUAUGUUCAGGAUUAGGGUUGGAACUUGGAAGUUUCUAAAUGAGUGUAAACUAGAGAAUGUAUGCUUUUUUUUAGGUUGGUAAGUAGAGUAUUUGAUAAGAUAAUCACAUCGACUUUAAUAUGAA